AUGGGAAAAGACAGAUACAAAGUCUUCCUGGUGCAAUUCAAGAUCGCCGAAGACAAAUGGGAAUCAAUCCUCUUCGUCCAAGUAGACAGCGCAACAGGAAAUGGCUUUUGUCAUCCCCUUCUCCCCCACAUGGCGGGCACCAAGCUACCGGAGCCUCAAGGAUACCCAAAGUAUGGCAAGGCGGAGCACCCGAGACUGAUAGGCUAUACCGACAAGACGACAUACCCUGAUGAGUGGAAUGACGUGCUGGGACCGGGCCAGUUUCAGAAGACUUAUCGUAUCGGGAAGCCUCGGUUGCAUAUGAACACGCUAAGAGAUAUUGGGUAUUCGACUCAGUGGACAUUGGACACCGCCAUUCCGCGUCUUCUGAACAAGAAUUUGCUCAAGGAGUGUUUGCUUAUUUGA